GUGGGUUGGAGGCCAUCGCUCUUAGGUUGGAGGCCAUCGCUCUUAGGUUGGAGGCCAUUGCUACUAUCAUGUUCUUCGAAUCAGCCAAGAAUCACAGCUUCGCUAUGCGCUCGUUCCAAACGCACAUGUCGACUUCGCAGACCCUCCACGGUCCGCACUUCGCACCUGGCGCUCAUGGUUCAUGCUGAAAGGCCUUCUGGUUUUCUUGCUGCUUUUCAACUCGCUAGGCAAGAAUCUCUUCUCCUACUUGAGUUGCGAUGGACACGAAGCUUGGCGCAGCUUCCGCGGGGACCUGCAGAGCCUUCGCGCCGGAGCGUUCGCAACGGCGGAUGCAUUGCUGGUGGAAUACUUCACGUCAGUGGACAUUGGCAACUUCGUGGCAGUUCUGACUGAGCCACAGCUGACCAGGCAUUUACAGCGACCUCAGGAUUGCGUUUAUGGUGUGGUAACUGCUCUCUAUGUUCGUGGACAAGAGCUCCGCAGACAAGGACACGUCGAGGCUGCAAUUGCGGAUUGGCAAAUGGCUUUGCAAUUUCUCGGUAAGGAGUUAGGACUGGAUUUUCUGGAGUCCACCGAGUGGCCGCUCCGCUCUGCGCAGAUCCUCUUUGCUUUGGCUGAGGCGAAAGCCAUCGUGCAAAGCUGGCCCGAGAUACCUAUGAGGGAGAGAUGGAACGCCGUUGACCCGUUCAGCAUUUUGGUCGACCCGUUUUGGUCCAACUGCGUUCAGGUCAACCCUGCUCAAAAGCUCAAGGAGAGGAAGCCAAAUGUGGUCCUUUAUGGCUACCACCCUGUCCUCGUGGAGCCGGUCUCCGCUCUUUCGGAGGUGCUUCAACUGCAUUGGUUUGGUGUUAGCGAUCGAGACUGUGCAUUCUUCAAGAUGUGCAACAAGAAGAGUACCGAGAAGCCAGUGCCUGCAAGACUGAGAUUCAAGAUCUACGAGUCAGACGUCGACCUGAACGAAGUGGAAGAUGCAUAUCGGAUCUUUUGGGAAGCUGAAAUGAGAUUAGGAUUGCGAGCAGAUUUGAUCAUAUGCAUGGAGCUUCGUGACGCAUUUUUCCUCUGGAAGAUCACUGAGGUGGCAAUGAUCUACUAUCCUGCCAUCAUUUUCAUGCAGGAUGAGGCUAUGAACGACUACAGUGCCGACGUACUCAUUCAACAGUUCGAGGAGCUCCGGAGUCAAGACGUGCUCCGGUUUGGAGGAUUGCAAACAGGAACCGUUGCGAUGGUGGCCCAGUCACCGUAUUUGGCAGCGAGUCUGGAGUACCACACCGGGCAGAAGUUGCCCUCUGUGCGACCCUUGGCACGCUAUGUGGAGGUGAAAUACCAGCCGAACAGCUCCAGCAUCCUGGUCCUUUGUGCCCGGACCCGGCUGAUGAUGUCCCACAGCUGCCGUGGGUUGUUUCGUGAGGGGCAGCGAAUGGUGCCACGAGGCACCUUGCAGGUGCGCUUGCCACCGGGUGACCAAGAUGUGGUUCACGGCUUCACAUUCGAGGAGGUCUCGCAUUUUCGUGCGACUGUGUUGAUCCCAUGGAACAUUGCCGUCACGACCUUCUACGAGCUUUAUGCUAUGAACAUGCCCCUCUUCGUGCCCGACGCCCUGUGGCUGGCUAGACUCUGGCCAAAGCAGAUGACGAGCUAUGGUAGGAGCCAUCCCAAUUUGCAUCAACGGUUUCGACCAAACAACGAGCACCCGACUCCAUAUCCUUCGUUGGCAACUUGGCAAUCCCAGUUCGCCAAGAUCACCGGGGCCCAGCCAUGGCACACAAAAUGCCUCACGUGGUUGGGCGCGAUGUUCAGUGUGAUUUGUCCUGUGCGUUUUGACCCAAUCUGAGGAUUCCUUAGAAGAUGACUUCCAAACCAUGCUGUAUUGGGCACGUCGAGCCCUGACAGAACUGCUGGAGUUUGCUUGGUGUGGCAACCGCUGGUCGCUGUCAAAUCUAGGAUCCCAAAAAACUGUCAUCAUUUGUAUCCCACGGUCUCACAUGUACGGGAUAUACUCCUCACAUAUAUCAUUGAAAAUGCAUGGACUGGGACACUGUACUGACGGCUGGCCAUCGAUGAGUGCGCGAGGUUAUGCCUUUCUGGAGAUGCCGGGCGUCCAGAGCUUCACCUCCAUACCUCAGCUUCUGUUGAAGAUGACAGAUGUUGACUUCCAGAGCAUCUCAGAGAAGAUGACAGAGGAGACCCACAAAGCCUCUCAAGAGGUCAUCCCUUUCUGGGCUGCCUUGAUCAAUGAACUCGUGGCCAAAUAGUGGAAAAG